AUGUCUGCUACUCGCAAGGCACCAGCCGUCACCGUUGAUCAAGUCAUGGCCACAGUCAUGCCCUCGGGGUUCGACUUCCUCGCCAACAUCCCCGCCGAAAUCAGCGAGCAGAUCGCCUCCAACCUCGACGCUCAAGACCUGAUGUCCUUCCGCCUCGCCUCCAACUCAGCAGCAACGAUGGGCUACCGCACCCUCCGUGACAGCAUCAGCGAGGAGAUCGAUUUCCGUGACCACGAAGACCUGACCGCCGAUCAGUUCUUCAAUCACCUCGUCCUCGGCCUGCAGGAAGGUCUCCCCGACGCCGCAGCCAAAGUCAAAGAGCUGUCCAUGGUCGACACAUCAUCCGCAGCCUUCGCGCUGGUCACGACGCCGUCGAUCACAGCCCUCAGGCUGCCGGGGUUGAAGAUGCUCGAGCUGCGCAACCUCGCGAUCACGGCGCCCUCGUUGAUGGCGCUGCUCCGUCAUCACCGCCACACUCUCAGGGGUCUGGUCCUUCAGGACAUCUACCUCGUCGGUUCUGGAGGCAUGGGCGCGGCCAAGAGUCGUCAGCAGUGGUCGAUGGUAGCCCGCUUCAUCCAAAAGCACAUGCACCUCCGAACCGUCAGGAUCGACUACAUGAAAUGGUUCGAUUUCGAGAAGAACGACUGGGCCGGGAACAACGACUACGUCAAGUUCGAAAGGGCCAAGUACCAUCGUCGUUGUUACGGUCAGUCGGGUCAGUUCAACAUGUACUGGAAUCUGUCGAACGGUGGUGUGUUUAGUAUGGGUGCUGAGGCCACGAGAGACGGCAUCGAUGCGUUCAUCAAGGAGAUUGCCAAACCGGUCAAGGCACGCCGGCCUCUUCCCGGAUAUCAGCAUAGCACUCUCGCUGUACUGGCGGCGACUUGA